AUGUCGCUGUCUACUACAGUAGUAGGGGCGGAGAGGUCGGGUGUCUGCUACUCUCGCUUCUGCUCCUCGCUGCAGGGGAGGCCAGGCAGCCAGGUCCACUACUCCGUCCCCGAGGAGGCCAAACACGGCACCUUCGUGGGCCGCAUCGCCCAGGACCUGGGGCUGGAGCUGGCGGAGCUGGUGCCGCGCCUGUUCCGGGUGGCGUCCAAAGGCCGCGGGGACCUUCUGGAGGUAAAUCUGCAAAAUGGCAUUUUGUUUGUGAAUUCUCGGAUCGACCGGGAGGAGCUGUGCGGGCGGAGCACGGAGUGCAGCAUCCACCUGGAGGUGAUCGUGAACCGGCCGCUGCAGGUGUUCCAUGUGGAGGUGGAAAUAAAGGAUAUUAAUGACAAUCCGCCAGUAUUUCCAGUGACAGUAAAGACUAUCCGGUUUCACGAAUCGAGGCUGCUUGACUCGCGGUUUCCUCUAGAGGGGGCGUUUGAUGCAGAUGUCGGAGUAAAUGCUCUUCUCUCCUACAAGCUCAGCUCCAGUGAGUUUUUCUUUCUAGAUAUACAGACAAAUGAUGAACUAAGCCAGUCUUUGUCUCUUGUGCUGAGGAAAUCUCUGGACAGAGAGGAAACUGCCGAGAUUAAUUUGUUACUGGUGGCUACUGAUAGGGGCAAACCUGAGCUCACAGGCACCGUUCAAUUGCUUAUUAAGGUAUUAGAUGUGAAUGACAACGAACCUACUUUUGACCAAUCAGUUUACAAAGUACAAUUGUUAGAGAACAUCGCAAAGGGAUCCUUGGUGAUUAAAUUAAAUUCUUCUGAUGCAGAUGAAGGAUCAAACAGCGAGAUUGUGUAUUCAUUUAGUAGUGAUGUGUCCCCCAAUAUAAAGACCAAAUUCAAAAUAGAUCCCAGUUCAGGGGAAAUCAGAACUAAGGGACAAUUAGAUUAUGAGGAAGUGAAAUCUUAUGAGAUUCAAGUCAUUGCGUAUGACAACGGGAUUCCACCAAUGUCUGGGCACUGUAAAAUUUCAGUAAAACUUGUGGACAUCAAUGAUAACACACCAGAAGUCUCAAUCACGUCUCUUUCACUUCCCAUCCGAGAGGAUGCUCCGCUGGGAACAGUCAUCGCCCUCAUCACGGUGUCUGACCGCGACUCCGGUGCCAACGGGCAGGUGACCUGCACCCUGACCCCCCAUGAGUUCUUCAAACUGGUGUCCACGUUCAAGAAUUACUAUUCGCUGGUGCUGGACAGCGCCCUGGAUCGCGAGAACCUGGCGAACUAUGAGGUGGUUGUAAAAGCGCGGGACGCGGGCUCACCUUCCCUGUCGGCCACAGCCAGCGUGUCCGUGGAGGUGGCCGACGUGAACGACAACGCGCCCGCGUUCGCGCAGCCCGAGUACACGGUGUCGGUGAAGGAGAACAACCCGCCCGGCUGCCACAUCUUCACGGUGUCGGCGCGGGACGCGGACGCUCAGGAGAACGCGCUGGUGUCCUACUCGCUGGUAGAGCGACGGGUGGGCGAGCGAGCGCUGUCGAGCUACGUGUCGGUGCACGCGGAGAGCGGCAAGGUGUACGCGCUGCAGCCACUGGACCACGAGGAGCUGGAGUUGCUGCAGUUCCAGGUGAGCGCGCGCGACGCGGGCGUGCCGCCUCUGGGCAGCAACGUGACGCUGCAGGUGUUCGUGCUGGACGAGAACGACAACGCGCCCGCGCUGUUGCUGCCCGGGCCGGGCGGCGGGGCGGGAGCGCUGAGCCAGCUGGUGGCUCGGUCGGUGGGCGCGGGCCACGUGGUGGCGAAGGUGCGCGCGGUGGACGCGGACUCGGGCUACAACGCGUGGUAUUUCACCACAAAAGAUAUACAGCAUUUAUUACGUACGAAGACGCUGGUUUUCCUCACCAUCUCUGAAAUACGUGUACGGAAUGAUUAA